AACCCACAUCACUUUCUGCCUCCACUCUGCACCCUCUCACCAAUGGCGGCUGCAUCUUCUCCUUCAUCCGCUCACCCCCAACUCAUUUCAUUCACCAAAACCCUAACCAACAAAUCCCCAUUCACCUCCAAAUCCCUAAUCUCCUUCAAACCCACUUUCAAACCCUUCACCAUCAAAGCAAUCACAUCCGAAAAACCAACACAAACCCACAAAUUCGACCACUGUUUCACCAAACAAGACGAUGGGUAUUUGUACUGCGAGGGUCUCAAGGUUCAAGAAGUCAUGGAGGCUGUUGAAAAGAGACCCUUUUAUCUUUACAGUAAGCCUCAGAUAACGAGGAAUGUUGAGGCGUAUAAGGAUGCUUUGGAGGGCUUGAAUUCGAUCAUUGGUUAUGCUAUUAAGGCGAAUAAUAAUUUUGUGAUUUUGAAGCAUUUGAGAGAGUUGGGUUGUGGGGCUGUUUUGGUUAGUGGGAAUGAACUUAGAUUGGCUCUUGCUGCUGGUUUUGAUCCUACAAGGUGUGUUUUUAAUGGAAACGGAAAGCUUUUGGAGGAUCUUGUUCUUGCUGCUCAAGAAGGUGUGUUUGUUAACAUAGAUAGCGAAUUUGAUUUGGAUAACAUUGUAUCGGCAGCAAGAAUUGCUGGGAAAAAGGUCAAUGUAUUGCUUCGAAUCAAUCCGGAUGUUGACCCUCAGGUCCAUCCUUACGUUGCAACUGGAAACAAGAACUCCAAAUUCGGUAUACGGAACGAAAAAUUGCAAUGGUUUUUAGAUGCCGUGAAGUCAUAUCCUGACGAACUUAAGCUAGUUGGGGCCCAUUGCCAUCUCGGAUCCACCAUUACCAAGGUUGACAUUUUCAGAGAUGCUGCAGCAAUUAUGGUGAAGUUCAUCGACGAAAUCCGUGCCCAAGGGUUCGAUAUUAGUCAUUUAAACAUUGGAGGUGGUCUCGGGAUCGAUUACUAUCACACCGGCACCGUUCUUCCUACCCCAAGAGAUCUCAUCGACACAGUGCGGGAGCUAGUCAAGUCUCGAAAUCUGAAUUUGAUUAUCGAACCCGGGAGGUCGCUCAUUGCUAACACUUGCUGUUUUGUGAAUCGUGUUACGGGUGUGAAAACAAACGGUACAAAAAACUUUAUCGUGAUUGAUGGAAGCAUGGCUGAACUUAUUCGUCCUAGCCUAUACGAUGCUUAUCAACACAUAGAACUGGUUUCGCCCCCACCAUCUGAUUCUGCUGUUUCGACUUUUGAUGUUGUGGGCCCGGUUUGCGAGUCGGCUGAUUUCUUGGGGAAAAAUAGGGAACUUCCUGCACCAGCCAGGGGUUCUGGGCUUGUAGUUCAUGAUGCAGGUGCCUACUGCAUGAGUAUGGCUUCGACUUACAACCUCAAAAUGCGCCCACCCGAGUACUGGGUUGAAGAAGAUGGAUCAGUAGCCAAGAUCAGGCAUGGGGAGACAUUUGAUGACCAUAUGAGAUUUUUUGAGGGCCUCUCAGUCUAGCUUAUAUCGCGGCCUUCUUAUAUCUAUGUGUUUGUAUCUCUAUCUUUUGAAUACAAGAUUCCAAGUUCCAUUUGAUGGCCAAAUCUUGUGAUGGAUUUUGCCUGCCACUAGUAUUGCAUCUUUCAUGUUUAGAAGAUUACAAGGCAUGAUUUGACAUGUAUCGAAUUGUUUGAUCUUUUUCGUCCCGUCUUUAUGAAAUCGUCCAAUUCUUAGGGAUCA